AUGCAAUCAUUGAGGGUAGUCACAGGCUUGAGUGGCAGUGGACCAGCAUACAUAUUUCUAGCAAUAGAGGCUAUGGCUGAUGGAGGAGUUGCUGCUGGUCUUCCACGAGAUCUCGCAUUAAAGCUAGCUUCCCAAACAGUUAUGGGAGCAGCCGCUAUGGCUGUCAAUUCAGGAAAGAACCCAGGACAACUCAAAGAUGAUGUUACAUCACCUACAGGAACUACCAUUGCCGGUGUUCGUGAGUUGGAGAACAGCGGAUUUCGUGGAACUUUGAUGAAUGCAGUCAUUGCUGCUGCCAAUCAGAGUCGAGAGCUUUCAGAGAGGUAGUUUUGAUAUAAACAUCUUC